AUGCCUCAGCCUCACCACCAGCGUCGCAAGUCUGGCCACAACUACAACAACAACAGCAGCAGCAGCAACAACAACAACAACACAUCGGUAACGGACAGCACAAAUACAGUCUCUACCAAAACCGUCACAGUCUCAGACAUGUCCAAGCCUCGGCGACCAAACAUGUCCAGGCGUCAGACCCCCGUCAACGCCCAGAAGCUGGGCAAGGGCCCUCGCGAGCGUGAGAGGGACCGUCUAGACGCCUGGGACGACGAGCGAGAGAGCUUCCCUCAGUUCUGCAUGACGUGCGAGAAGCAAUUCGUCCCCUACCACCAGCACGGCUCCAUCUACUGCUCCGAGACCUGCCGCCGGGUCGACCAGUCGUACUCGUCCGCCGCCGUCUCGGCCUCGAUGCCCCGGUCGUGCAACGGCACCGACGGUCGCGGCCACGGCCACGGCCACGCCUUCUACUCGGCCGACGACUCCCAACCGAAGGACAUCAUCCCCCAGGCCUCACCGUCUCGACCCCCCUCCGUCAUGUUCGGCGCCUCCCCACCCCGCACCCCAGGCACCGCCGUCCACGGCUACGGCUACGGCUACGGCGGCUCCUCGUCCGCUUCCUCGUCCGCCAUGGCCGCCCUCCGGUCCCUCAGCCUCAACGGUCGCCCCCCCAGCCCGCCCUCCCCCUCGGGCAGCAGCACGGCGAGCAGCAGCGUCUGGCCCUUUGGUGCCGGUCCCGGCGCCGGUGCCGCCGCCGGCUCCGACCUCUACUCGUACCAGCACCAAAGCCCGGCAACGUCGUACUCGCGACCUUCGGCCUUUUACCUGUCCUCGACGUACGACGCCGCCUACGACGGGGGCUACUACGACCUCGGAUCCGCCACUGCUGAUCGUCCACUGCCCUCCAGGCAUCCCGGAUAUCACUCCAGGCCCAAGAGUAUCGAGCUCGUCACGCCCACCAUCAGCCGCUGA